UCACGCUGGCUGCCUCCAUUGUAUUGUAUAAUAAUGUGUGCCUUCUGCCUCAGCCUGGCCAUGACAAAUCUACACGUUCGAUCCCUGCCUUCUUAAACUCCAUUGCUUUUCUCUCUUCUUUUUUAAUUUUCCCCUCCCCUCUCUGAAAGGCCAAAUUCGUUUCUCGAUUCGUCCUAGCUACUAGCUAACUCCCAUGUGUGACUUCUUUUGGCUGUCGCCGGCCGACCAAGGCGACCUCUCGGACGUAGUCCGGGCAAGCCUGCAGCACCCGCGGCCUCACCAUCGGCUGCCGUCGACGGUGGUCACUCCUACUGCCACAACCGUCUGUACCCAUGGCUCCCAUGAUCUGCCGGCGCACGAAGAGGAGCUGCUGCUGCUGCAAGGACUGAACUGCGCAUGCGGCGGUGACGAUCAUGCUGAAGUAGUGCACUUGCAGCAGCAGCAGCUGGUACAUGGCGAUGGCAUGGGCUUCAUGGUGAGCAGCAGCAGCGGCUCUUAUGAUCAUCCUGUCUUGUUGCAGUCAUCACCGUCGUAUCCACAGCCCCUGCAGCCAGAGGGGCUGAUUCGUCACAUUAUGUCCGAGCCUGCCAACGUCGUUGAGAGGGAAGGUGACGCGGCCGCGCCGGAGAUGGACGAGCACGGCCUGCACACGGCGAUGGCCCCUCCUCAUCCUCAUGCCCCGCCAAUCAAGCGAAGGAAGAGCCAGACGAAGAAGGUGGUGUGCAUCCCGGCGCCGACGGCCGCGCCGCCGGGUGUGGGCGGGCGGCCGAGCGCGAGCGGCGAGGUGGUACCCUCCGACCUGUGGGCGUGGAGGAAGUACGGGCAGAAGCCCAUCAAGGGGUCGCCGUACCCGAGGGGAUACUACCGGUGCAGCAGUUCCAAGGGCUGCUCCGCCAGGAAGCAGGUGGAGCGCAGCCGCACCGACCCCUCCAUGCUUGUCAUCACCUACACCUCCGACCACAACCACCCCUGGCCAACGCAGCGCAACGCGCUCGCCGGCUCCACCAGGCCGGCCUCGUCCUCCUCCGCCAAGAGCCAUCAUCAUCAGCAUCACUCCGUGCCUGCCGUUCCUCCGCCACUGCCGUCGUCACCUCAUCAUUACGCCAACAACAUCAUCGUCAACAAUAUCACGCUGCGCUCCAUUGGAAAUACUCAUCAGCAGCAGCUGCCCAAGCAGGAGGUGCUGGACAUGGAUCACCCCAAACCCGAGCAGGAAGUCGCCGCUGCUGCUGAUCAUGACUUGGACAUGUUUGCCGAUAUGGACGGCGCCCUCAACAUCCUGUUCGCCCCCAAUUUCAACUCGGAAAAGCAGCAACAGCAUGCUACUGCUGCCGAUGACGAUAACUUGGAGAAGCUGCCGGAGGAAGAUGACAAGCAGCAGCAGCAGCUGUUGGAUCCAUUCAGCUUCAGCUUCUUCGGUUCAUUUGGAGUUGGAGAGGCAGCAAAUAAAGAUGGUUAGAGUUAGAUGCAUGGCUUGCUACUCCAUCCAUCUGUUAAUUCUAACCCAGAAACCAUCAUCUAUAUAUAGGAAUUUCAUGUGCAAGCUAAGAGCGUGCCUAGAGAUCGAUCCUAUGAUAAUUUUUAGUGUUGGA